CUAUCCCUCCUAAUCAGUUACCAAUUCACUUUCCAUCCCUUUCACCGCACAAAAAUCUCUAGAAGCCUCUUCAUAAAAUCACAAAUACCCUCCACCCCCAAAUUCGUUCUAAAUCAGCAUUCAAACCGCCCGGAAAAGAUCCCGCAAGAAAGGUUCGGACGAAGAUGAAUUCCAAAUGGGUUCUUCUGUUGAGCGUUUCAACGAUUUUGGCGAUUGUUGUGAACGGCCAGUCGGCGGUGAAGCCGCUGGUGAAGACAGUGAAGGGCAAGAAGUUGUGUGACAAAGGGUGGGAAUGCAAGGGAUGGUCUCCUUUCUGCUGCAACGAGACGAUUUCUGACUACUUCCAGACCUACCAGUUUGAGAACCUCUUCUCGAAGAGAAAUUCGCCGGUGGCUCAUGCCGUUGGGUUCUGGGACUAUCGUUCUUUCAUCACUGCUGCAGCAUUGUACCAGCCUCUAGGAUUUGGUACUACCGGAGGAAAGACCAAUGGACAGAAAGAGGUUGCUGCUUUUCUCGGUCAUGUUGGUAGCAAAACCUCUUGUGGAUAUGGGGUGGCCACUGGGGGACCUUUUGCCUGGGGUUUAUGCUACAACAAGGAGUUGAGUCCUGAUAAAUACUACUGCGAUGACUACUACAAGCUAACCUAUCCUUGCACUCCUGGUGCAGCAUACUAUGGCCGUGGUGCUCUUCCAAUCUAUUGGAACUACAACUAUGGAAAAACUGGGGAAGCUUUGAAGGUGGAUCUGUUGAACCAUCCAGAAUACAUAGAGCAAAACGCUACCUUGGCCUUUCAGGCUGCAAUAUGGAGAUGGAUGACCCCUCCUGACAAGCACGUACCUUCAGCCCAUGAUGUCUUUGUUGGUAACUGGAAACCCACCAAGAAUGACACUCUCUACAAGCGAGUUCCUGGGUUUGGUGCUACCAUUAAUGUGCUGUAUGGAGAUCUUGUGUGUGGCCAGGGAUCUGACAAUGAAUCUAUGAACAACAUCAUUUCCCACUACCUGUAUUACCUUGAUCUUAUGGGUAUCGGCCGAGAAGAGGCCGGACCUAAUGAGGUUCUCAGCUGUGCCGAGCAAGCUGCGUUUAAGCCAACUUCUGGUUCAUCAUCAUCAUCAACUUGAGCUUUUUUACUUCAUUGUGGUUGGCCUGUCUAUUCUUGUAUCCUCUUUGAAAUGGUGAGAAAACUAAUAAGCGAGGACAAGUAGAGAAGAUUUCAACUACUUUUGGCUUUCACAUGAAAGUAAAACUACUCCGGACACAAAUUAAUCUGCUGCUAUAUAUAUAUGUAUCUUGGCUUGUGUUUUCUUUUUCCCCUGUAUAAUUUGAAUAUUUGAUAUUGUAUGAACAAUUUUGUUGAUAUGCAUGUAUAUUGUGAACUGUACUAAUCAAAAUGGUUCAAGGUUCCUUCCAAAUAAUCUUUACCUCAGGGCUUGAGAACUAGGUGGAUUGAUGGAUAUGCUUGAGCCGACGUAAUAAAUCUGAGCUUAAAUUUA